AUGGGGAGUCCGGGUUACGGCCAGGUGGGGAGCACCUCACACUCGCCUCUGUACGUCAGUCAUGCACACACUGACACCAAGAGGGCCUGGCAGGACGAGGUGGAGGACGUCAAACCACUCCACAGUUUGUUAGGACCAUCUGAGCUCAGCUGGCCAGGGGUUCACCUCCCCUACUGCGAGAGACUGGUCACUGAAGACAACCCGUGGCUGCUGAGGGUGGCAGAGGCUGCCCCAUCUUUGCUGCCCUCCAGACCCACAGAGCAGAGCCCUGCUAUCCACAGCCAAGCCCACAGUACCCCCCAAGAGCUGGAGGGCCAAGUGGAGGAGCGCUGUCUGGAGCAGGUCCAGAGCAUGGUGGUGGGUGAAGUCCUGAAGGACAUAGACACAGCCUGUAAGCUGCUCAACAUUACACCAGACCCCAUGGACUGGAGCUGCGUGCAUGUUCAGAAGUGGCUGCUGUGGACUGAGCACCUCUACAGGCUCCCGCAGGUCUGCAAGAUGUUCCUGGAGCUGACGGGGAGGGAUCUGUGCUCCCUGACAGAAGAGGAUUUCAGGCAACGCUCAUUACAGUGUGGAGACAUACUGUACGCUCACCUGGACAUCUGGAGGUCAGCUGCAGGCAUGAAGGAACGCUGCCCAGUAGGAGAUGGAAAAUCUGUUGUUGAUGAUCCCUGGUCAGAUGUGGUGUCCAGCUACCCCAGCCAACCCAUCCACCUGUGGCAGUUCCUCAGAGAGCUGCUGCUCAAGCCUCACAACUACAGCCGCUGCAUCCGCUGGCUCAACAAGGAGAAAGGAAUAUUCAAAAUAGAAGACUCUGCUCACGUGGCUAGGUUAUGGGGCAUCAGGAAGAACCGGCCGGCUAUGAACUAUGAUAAACUGAGCCGCUCUAUACGCCAGUACUACAAGAAAGGCAUCAUCCGCAAACCUGAUGCUUCACGCAGACUGGUCUACCAGUUUGUCAACCCUGUAUGACAAAGAGGAGCAGCUGGUCAGAGGGCAAUGAGAGACAAGAGGCCAAAGAUAUGCUGGACAUAAAAGUCA